AAAAUUCUUUUGUUUCAAAACGGAUUACUACUUCAUUUCGUAUGAAUGAGAUUUCCAAAUAUUUCAAGCAUUCAAUUAAAAUUUAAGAACGAAAGACUUAAACCAGUCAGUAGUUAAACUUCACGCGGGUUAAUCGUAGGAAUCGUCGAUUAUAAAAUUUUUAAGUGAUUAAAAAAUAUAACAAAUUUGUUUUACUAAAUUAAAAUGAAUUUAAAGGACACAUUUAAUUAUUAUUAUUACGAGCAAGCAGAUCCAAGAGUAACAAAUUGGAUUUUAAUGGGUAGUCUAUGGCCUAUCUCAUUAAUAUUAUUCGGUUAUAUAAUAUUUGUAUUGCAUUUGGGACCGCGUAUUAUGAAAAAUAAAGCAGCUUAUGAAUGUAACACAUUCAUCAGAUUCUACAAUAUAUUCCAAAUUAUAGUAAAUGCCUACAUAAUAAGAGAAAUUCUGGCCGUGCAUCCCGAUGCAACUGCUUUGCGUUGUGAUACAGGAGAUUAUUCUAUGAAUCCCGAUGCUGUUAGGCUGGCCAGGGCAUGUCAUUUAGUAACUUUGUUGAAAGUUAUUGACCUAACUGAAACAGUCGUUUUCGUACUUCGAAAAAAAAAUAAUCAGGUUUCAUUUUUACACUUGUAUCAUCACAUCUCAACAGUAUUAAUUGCAUUGAUCUCUACACGAUAUAUUGCUUCGGGAAUGGCUGUUUUUUAUCCAGCAUUAAAUUGUUCAAUUCAUGUAAUAAUGUACACGUAUUAUCUUCUCAGUAAUAUUGAAGGCGUUAAGGAAAUAAUUUUUCCAUUUAAACGCUACAUAACAAUUGCACAAAUGAUUCAAUUUGUUCUUUUAAUUUUCCAUGCAUUGGUAUCUUUACAACCAUCGUGCAAAGUUCCGAAAUUUCCCGGAAUAAUAAUUAUUCCAAAUGUUCUUUUUAAUUUUAGAUUAUUUUAUAAUUUUUAUAAAAGAGAGUACUUGAGUCACACAAAAAAGUCAGAAUAAAUAUUAAAGAUAUUGUAAAACUUAAUUUAAAAGUAAAUGUAGAACAUACUUUUUAUAUAGAAAAUAAAUCAAUUUUAUACAAAAAAAA